AUUCAAUCAAUGCAAUGCUGGACCUGGUGAACCAGUGCGAUCCAACAAUUUCUUGCCUCCUGAAAGGCGCACAGAUAUCGUAGGUUUCAUAUUGGAAUCUGCGCGGCAAUCAAAGAACUGCAGAUUCUCUUCCUAAUUAAUCAUGCCUGACUUGGAUGGCAUCUGGCUUCGUCGCUGAAGGCGAGGGAAAACGACUGUGCGAGUCUCGAAGCAGGCACACGUUCCGAGUUCCCAUGACUCUACUAAACGCCCGUUCACUUCACAACCAUGGUGUACUAUGGCGCGCUGAGCAAAGGCUGUGAAUGCUGUCGCCGGCGUAAGAUCAAGUGCGACCAGAGGAAACCAGAGUGCUUGAGGUGCAAGAAAUCAGGCAUUCAAUGCCCGGGAUACCGGAAUCUCGAUGACAUCUUGUUCCGGGAUGAGUCUGACCGAGUUAUUCGGAAAGUCCGCCAAAGCGAGCAGUCGAAUUUGGUCUUGAUGCAAGAAACUCUCGCCACUUAUCGCGGAUCUCCAACAACCAGCGCGCCGACUUCCAAAUCCAGGGCCCCCACAUUAUCUCUGUUGCCCCUCAGCAUAUCCUAUCCGCUUUCCCAGCCCAUCAAUGAACUCGGGGCCAACUUCUUCUUCACGAAAUACACCUUCAAUCACCCUCCCUUUUCCAACGACUUCCAUGACUGGCUGACCCAGUCGUACUUUGAUCAUGGCCAAAGCCGUGUCCUGCGAGCAGCUAUCGAAGCAGUUGGCAUGGCGGGAAUCUCAAACGUCUCCAAUGCGCCCCAUGUCGCGUCCAGGUCCAAAGUACAGUAUUGCGAGGCCUUGGCCUUCAUGAAGAAGGCUCUGAAUGACCCAGUCCAGGCGGUUGCGGAUACGACGCUCAUGGCCGUCAUCCUACUGGGACUGUUUGAGACCGUCAACUUCGAGGCGUGGGAUCGGAAUCGCCCUUGGGAAGCCCAUGUCAAAGCAGCCACGGCGUUGUUGGAGCUCCGAGGCCAGGAGCAGUUCACCCGGGAGCGUGGAGGACAACUCUUCAUCCAAAUCCGUGCUCAAAUCCUCUUAGCCUGCAUGCAGCAGCAUAUGCCCGUCCCUCUGUCCCUGGUCCAAACGACUCGCCAUUUCCAAACAAGCCUCAUCAAGCAGCAGUGGCAAAAGCGCAGUGUUGCGAGUCCAGGGUCCAUUUGUGUGAUUUCUUUCCGAUUUGUCAACCUCCUGGCCGCCAUCAGAAACGGCGAGGUCACAGAUCCACACGCCAUCCGCAAGGAAGCGCUGGAUAUCGACGUCGACCUCAACACCUGGAGAGCGACCGCGCCGCCGAGUUGGGGAUACGCCACUAUUGACGCCCCCGAAGAUGCUGUCGGCACCAGCUUCGACGGAAAGGCUCAUGUGUAUCCUAGUCUUUGGAUUGCUGAUGCCUGGAGCAACUGGCGCACACUGCGGAUACUUGUCAACCAGAUCGUUGUCCAAAUUGAGGCCCACUCGACUGUGCCUGACAACAAACAGAAGGCCGCCGCGCUGUCCGUCAUUCACCGAUUGUCCACCGAUCUCUGCAUUUCUGCUCCUAGUUUUGCAGACUCUCCACACAUCCUCUCUCUGAUUCUACCACUGUAUCUCGUAUCGCUAGAGGAGCUAAAUCCACACAGCGUGCGUUCUUUCGCGGUAGAGCAGUUGCGCCACAUCAAUGCGACGAUGGGAAUUCGGCAGGCUGGCCUGCUGGCUGAUGCUGUGUCGAAGAACCUCAGCGUGUCUCCAGGGACUUUGUCUCCGUGUCCGGCCGUUUUGCGAUUCCCCUGAUACUUUUUCUGAUAUGCGGGAGAAGACCAAGGGGGAAGUAGCUAUCUACAACGUCCCGCCGGCAGUGGAAAUUACCAAAGACAGCUGGUCAUACAUUGUCAACCUGGUAUUCAACAAGAUCAUACAUGGGAGGUGUUACCCGUGGUGGACCGUAAUUACGUCUGGUAGUGGCGCUCAACACGGGGCUUGCAUUGUCUGGAAUCGUUAUCUGCUUUGCCGUUACGUACGGUUCAUGCGAGAAGGACGGGGAAGUGUCUGGAGGAAUAUUGGAGUACAGAAUUGGGAACUGCGACUACGUUGGUAGAUAUAAACGAUACACUCAUCCAUGCCUGAUGGCGAACACAGAACCCGUCGACGAUUUUAUCGCAGGGAAAAGAGAAGUGCAAAGACAAAACAAUCUGCUUAGCCCUAAUACCGACCCCUCGUCCCUGUCCUAAAUACAAC